AUGUCGUUUGAAGAGAAAAAACCUGUGGAACCAGCCUUUAAGGUCCAGGAUAAUUAUGGCUACUCUGAAAGCCAAUCUGAUGACCGUUCGACAGUCCAGGUCAACUCCACACGGAGAACCUUACACAGCAGACACAUUAACCUUAUUGCCAUCGGAGGAAGUAUUGGUACAGGUUUGUUCAUUACUAUCGGAUCGGGUGGUUUGGUCAACGCUGGACCUUUGGGGUUGUUUUUGGCCUACUUGGUCUGGACCUCGGUGAUUUUGAUGUUGACUGUUUCCGUGGGAGAAAUGGUGUGCUACUUGCCUCUCGACUCUCCCUUCUUAACCAUGGCCGGUCGUGUGGUUGACCCCGCAUUCGAGGCUGCAGCUUCCAUCAACUUUUGGUUGAUGGAAAGUUUGUACAUUCCAUUUGAGAUCACAGCUGUCAAUGGAAUGAUUCAUUUCUGGAGAGAUGACUACUCGCCUGCUAUCACACUCUGCAUUCAGAUCGCCAUUUACGCUGCCCUCAACGUUUUUGCCGUGAGAGCAUACGGAGAGUCCGAGUUCUGGCUUUCCAUUGGAAAGUUAAUCUUGUGUAUUGGUCUCUUGUUCUUCACUCUCAUCACUAUGUGCGGCGGAAACCCCAAACAUGAUGCAUUUGGUUUCAGAAACUGGAGAGCCCCAGGUGGUCCCAUCGCAGAGUACAUUGGAACUGGAAGCACUGGCAGGUUCCAAGGAUUUUUGGCAGGUAUCUUUUCGGCCUGUUUCGUGGUUGUUUCUGCCGAAUACUUAAGUAUGACGGCUGGUGAGGCUAAGAAUCCUAGAAAGACAAUGGCCAAGGCUUUCAGAACCGUCUUGGCCCGUUUGGUGCUCUUCUAUAUUGGUGGUUCCCUCUCGGUGACCAUCUUGAUUGCUUACAAUGAUCCAACUUAUGUGGAGAAGAGUUCCGAUUCCUCCAACGCUGCUGCAUCUCCAUAUGUCGUUGCCAUGCAAAACAUGGGUAUUGAUGUUCUUCCUCACAUUGUCAACGCUGUGAUUGUUACCUCUGCAUUCUCAGCUGGUCUCUCCUAUACUUACUGUUCAUCCAGAGCACUUUAUUCGCUUUCUCUCAAGGGUUUCGUUCCUAGCUUCUUCCAAUACUGUACCAACAAGGGUGUCCCAAUUUACUGUGUUGGUGUAUCGAUUGCCUUCUCAUUCUUGUCGUUGAUGCAGUUGGGUGACUCUGGUAUGAAGGUGUUGAACUUCAUGGUUUCCUUGUGUACUGGUUCGCAGAUUCUUAACUAUGCCAUGAUGGGUAUCACCUACUUGUGCUUCUAUAGAGCAUGCAAGGCACAAGGCAUCGACAGAAACAAUUUCACAUUCAAAUCAUGGUUCCAGCCUUAUGGUGCCAUUGUCGUCACAUGUAUCUUGUGGUGUGUGGUGGGAAUCUUGGGCUACGAGGUGUUUAUGCCAGGACGGUGGCAAGUCGACACGUUCUUGUUCAAUUACGUUAUGUUAUUUGUGGCCAUCGGUAUUUUCAUUUUCUGGAAGGUUUGGAAACGUACCCUGUUCAUCAGACCUGAAGAUGCUGAUCUCCAGACUGGACUCGAAGAGAUUGAAGAGCACGAAUAUGAAUGCUACGCGGAGUUGGAGGCUAACGGAAGAACGAAGCCUACGCUCCUCGACAAAACCUUGGGCUGGCUUCUCUAA